GGAAUCGUAAUAAACAUGUCGCUGGAGUUCGGAGAUAAGGCUAAUCAGUACUACAAGGAGCUUCAAGGACAAACUCAUCUAAAUCCUUGCAGCAAAAUGCUUAAUGAUACACAUACUCAACUACUGUUGAUUGUGUUUCUAUUGAUAUCAAUAUUAAAUUUUACUCAUUCAGUGCUUAGCAAUAUUAAUGACAGUGAUUCCAACGAAGUUGAAAUAAGUUAUCGUGGAAAUAGCCGCAGUGAGAGGUCUUUGCCAAUAUGUGAAUUAAAUGUUGCUUGUAAUAUUGUGCACAAACGCUUUUGGUUUCCAAUAAAAGUAGAAAGAUUAUGUCGCUGCCACAACACAUUUCAAUGCUCCCAACAAUGGAGUCAAACACCAGACAAUUAUACCAUGAUGCUCAGCAACCGUUCUCAGUUAAAGUUUUGUAACAACAUCAGUGACCUGCAGAAAUGUACAACAUAUGAACCUGCGAUACAAUUACAAUCUGAAACAGCCACAAUUCCACGGGGCAGAUUUAAAAAGCCUCUAGUUCAGACAAAAGCUGUUGUAAAGUGCAAUUGUCCAAUGGGACGUUACUGGAAGAGGAUCAAUGCAGAGGCAGACAAUGAAACUUCAACAACUGUUUACCAAUGUGCUGACGCAAAGAAAUGUGAAACCAACGAAAUCUGUGGAUAUGCACGGGCUGAUAUGUACUCAAUAUAUUACCAAUGUUCCUGUCCUGCUGGAAACCUCUGCUUAUUUGUGGAUUACAACACCUACAAUGUGACUGAACUAUUCUACAGUGGAGCAGCAUAUCAAGCUCUAUGCACUCCUUUUCCACAUAACUUAUAAGAUAUUCAUAUAAAGUUCUUCAUAAAUGAGUGUAUAAGUUUAAACUUCAAAUUUACUAUGUUUUAAUUUUGUACGGGAAAUUAUAGACUAUUUUCAUAUUGUCUCA